GAUCCGGACACUCGCCUUGGGCAGCUCCUGAAUGCUCCGGAAGUGAACACCCUGAAAUCCUGCAGCUUUCCGAAGGUCAAAGCCUUCUGGGUUGGCGCAUCCCGGCAGUUCGCCAGCACCUGGGCCGCGAGGUCCCAAAAUGUCACCGUCGCCAUCGGCUAUCACACGCAGCAAGGACGAUCUUACAAGACCCUCUUUGACACUGUCUUCUACAGAAGUGAGCUGAAAGCUGCAGUGCAAGCCUUCCGGGACAAACUGCGGGUGAACAUCAUAUUUACGCACCCCGACAUGACCGAAGGUGACAUGGACGGUGCAACUUCCGUGAUCUACGAGAGGGCUCAGCUACUUUCCCCCGUGCCCGCCGAGAAGUUUCAGGCAAGCACCACGUGGUGCUUUGGUCACUGUGCCAAAGAGAACCUUGCAUUCUGCCAGAUUCAGCAUCUCCUCGCCAAGGAUGCUACCUUCUUCUCCAACCUCGGGUCCAUGUACUCCCAGGGUUUGGGGGUGGCCCACAACUCUCAAAAGGCGCGGGAAUUCUUAGAACUCAGCAUGGAGAUGGGCCAUGAAAAAGCCCCCACCAAUCUUGGAAUGUUGUACCAGAAUGGUGAUGGCGUAGCCGAAGAUCUUCGCAAGGCCAAAGAACUCUACGAGCUGGGAAUGAAAAGAGGUGACGAAGGGGCCCCUGACCUGCUUGGAAGGUUGUACCAGCGUGGGCAGGGCGUGGCGCAAGACUUUCGCAGAGCCAAGGAAUUCUAUGAGAUUGCCAUCGACAGGGGUGACACUGGCGCCUGCUAUUCCCUUGGGAAAAUGUAUCAGCACGGCCUUGGAGUGGCCCGCGACUUGCAAAAAGCACGAGAACUCUUUGAGCUGGGCACACAACGGGGUGACGCUACAUCCCCCGUGUUCCUUGGGAGCAUGUACUAUCUUGGGCAAGGUGUUGCGAAAGAUUUCCGGAGAGCGCGGGAACUCUUUGAACUCGGCACGCAGAGGGGCGACUCCAUGGGCCCGUGCAGCCUUGGACUCUUGUAUCAGAAAGGGCAAGGUGUGCCAGAAGACUUGAAGAAGGCCGAAGAAAUGUACGAGAUCGGCAUCGAAAGAGGCAACGACUUUGCUGUGCAACUGCUUUGGGGCCUUGGGUACGUGUACGAGCAGAUGGCUCGCGACUUUAAAGUGUCGGGGGCAUACGACCCUUUAACGCAAGAGCAUUAUCAGGAUGCAGCCUACAACAAGGCCAAGGAGCUCUACGAGUUAGCCAUUGCCAGCGGCAGCAUUUCGGCCAUGUGGGACCUGGCUUUUUUGUACAAGAACGAUCUAAGCUCCGAUGAGCUGGCAUGUCAUUGGAUGGCCAAGGCGAAAGAUGCCGGGGAAGGGCAAGCUGCCAGCAAGCUGGCCGAAUGGCGCUGCUGA